AUGAUUAAUGUCAAAUUACUCCAAAAAAUUGACUUUUCCGAGAAAACUGCGCGAAUUUUCUUGAUUAAAACUAUUCAAAUUUUAGUUAAAACUUUACAAAUCGCAAAAAGAAAUCAGUUUAAGGCAUGGAUUAUUUUAAUCUUGGCUGUCUAUGCUAUAGCUAGAUUCGGACUUUAUAGGCAGCAUAAAGCACGACGUUAUGAGUUGAAUGAAGUCACACAUUACAUUCCGCAUGGUGAGAAACGUGGUGAUUCCUUUAAGCACAUUUUGUUAUGGAAUCCGAGCACUAACGAUGAUGACACGUCACAAGAUCUCGAGUCAGUCAAUUGCAACAUGAAGAACUGCAUAUUUUCAAGGAACCGACGACUUUUUCAUUCAAUGACUGAUUUUGAUGCAAUUAUGUUUGAUGUUGGAAAUUCAAAGGAACUUGAUGAACUGCCUGGAAUAAGGAAUAAGGAACAAAUUUACAUUAUGGCUAAUGAAGUAAGUCCAUUAUCGACCAAAAAUAACCUCAAAUUUGACGAGAAUUUCUUCAACAUGACUUUUUCAUACAAAAGUGACUCCGAUGUUCAAUGGACACAUGCCAAGUUUUAUGACACAGAAAUGAGAUUCUUUAUAGACCCAUUAAACUUAAUCAAAUGGAGAAAGCCAACGAUUGUUCAAGAUCAAACCUUUAUCAAUUCAAUCAGAACAAAAAAGUCAAAAUUGUCAGCAUGGUUCGUGUCCAACUGCAAAGCUUCAUCAAAUCGUGACUUACUAGCAAAUAAGCUUCAAAAUUACAUGAAUGUGGACAUUUAUGGAAGUUGUGGAAAUUAUUCAUGCACAAGUAGGAAUCCCGAAAAAUGUGUGGACACGCUCAGUUCCAAUUAUAAAUUUUAUUUUACAUUUGAAAAUUCAAUUUGUGUCGAUUACAUCACCGAAAAUGUCUUCCUGAGCAUGCGGCACAACAUCAUUCCGAUAAUCUUUAAUGGAGUCACAGACAUGCAGCACUUCCUCCCACCACACUCGUACAUUAAUGUCAAUGACUUUAACAGCAUCAAAGAACUCGCAAAAUAUCUCAAAUUUUUAGACGAAAAUCCACAAGAAUUUGCAAAUUAUUUUUGGUGGACGAAAUAUUAUAAAUUAGUCAUGCACACAAAGGAACAGUCUUAUUGUGAUAUUUGUAUGAAGCUAAAUCAAAGGAAUGAAAGCAUUAAGUAUAUCCUCUUUUGGAAUAAAUGUUGGUACUUGCCUUACUGGAACAUGCCAGGACCCAUACUUGGUGAAGAAUAUUUAAAAUCUGUGGACUGUCCAGUCACAAAUUGCAUUUUUUCACAUGAUCGAGACUUUCUUCCUCUACCGACUGACUACGAUGCUCUCAUCUUUCACAUGGGACUGACUGAUAGAACUGACAUUGAUGAUUUACCGAAAUACAGAAGAGAUGAUCAACUUUACAUCAUUGCUAACAAGGAAAUGGAAGCUGACUUCUUCAAUUGGACACUCACUUAUCGACUUGACUCAGAUGUGUUUUCGAAUUAUGGAGUAUUCGCUGAUCUUGAGACUGGAAGUAUUGUUGCGCCAUCAAAAAAAGCUAGAUGGAGAGAUCCAGAGCCUGUUGAUGAUCCUGAGCUUCUUGAGUUCAUAAGUACCUCAAAGACCAAAAUGGCUGCCUGGUUCCUAUCACAUUGUGUUGCACAGUCUAAUCGAGACAUUCUAGCAAAUAAAAUGAAGCAAUACAUGCAAGUUGACAUCUAUGGAAAAUGUGGAAACCUCUCAUGCCCGAUACGAGACAUUUAUAGCCAUGAUGAACGUCAGGUCUGCACAGACAUGCUGAACACAACCUACAAAUUUUAUUUAUCGUUUGAAAACUCAAUUUGUACUGAUUACAUGACUGAGAAGGUGUUCCUGAAUAUGGACAACUUUAUUGUACCAAUUUUAUACAAUGGAAUCACAGACAUGCAGCACUUCCUGCCACCACACUCAUACAUUCAUGUCAAUGACUCUAGCAGUGUCGAAGAUCUCGUCAAUUAUCUCAAAUAUUUAGACAAAAAUCCACAAGAAUAUGCAAAUUAUUUCUGGUGGAAAAAGUACUAUAAAGUCAUACCCGAUGGAGAUCCUUACAUCCACUGUAAUUUAUGCAUGAAGCUCAAUAAUUGGAAUUCAGCUCAGAAGCGGCGAGUUUAUUCAGACAUGCAGGACUGGCAUAGUCCUUUCUAUAUGUCCAUUUACUUACUUUAUGACCUAAACAAUUAUUAUGAAAAUAAGAUCAAAAAUUACAAAAUUCAAGUUCCAUUCAAAAAUAUCCCAAAAAGUAGUUCUAGAAAUGACAGCAUCAAGUACAUCCUAUUCUGGAACAAUUGGUAUCGAUUUCCUGACUGGUACAUGGGUGGGAAGUUACAUGGUGCUGAAUAUUUAAAGUCCAUUGACUGUCCAGUCACAAACUGUGUGUUUUCACAUGAUCGGAACUUUUUGCCACAACCGACUGAUUAUGAUGCACUGGUUUUUCAUGUUGGAGAUCCAUUGGAACCUGAUGACUUGCCGGAAUUCAGGAGAGAUGAUCAGAUUUAUGUUAUGGCUAAUGAAGAGUAA